GCACCUCUGUUUCCUCAACCAGGAGUCACCAAGAUGCCUAUCCUGGAAAAAAAACCCCAGAAGAUGGCAGCAAAAACUCUCAGCAGUGAGGAGGCUGAGAUGCCCAAACUCCCAGUGCCCCCACUGCAGCAGACCCUGGCCACUUACCUGCGCUGCAUGCAGCACUUGGUGCCCAGGGAGCAGUUCAGGAGGAGCCAGGCCAUCGUGCAGCAGUUUGGGGCCCCUGGUGGCCUCGGCGAGACCCUGCAGCAGAAGCUCCUGGAACGGCAGGAGAAGACGGCCAACUGGGUGUCUGAGUACUGGCUGAACGACAUGUAUCUCAAUAACCGCCUGGCCCUGCCUGUCAACUCCAGCCCAGCUGUGAUCUUCUCCCGACAGCACUUCCAGGACUCCAAUGACCAGCUAAGGUUUGCCGCCAGCCUGAUCUCCGGAGUGCUGGACUACAAGGCGCUGCUGGACAGUCAUUCCAUCCCCACUGACUGUGCCAAGGGCCAGCUGUCAGGGCAGCAGCUCUGUAUGAAGCAAUACUACGGCCUCUUUUCCUCUUACCGCCUCCCUGGCCACACCCAGGACACACUGGUGGCCCAGAAGAGCAGUGUCAUGCCUGAGCCCGAGCAUAUCAUUGUGGCCUGCUGCAACCAGUUCUUUGUCUUGGAUGUUGUCAUUAAUUUCCGCCGUCUCAGUGAGGGGGAUCUGUUCACUCAGUUGAGAAAAAUAGUCAAAAUGGCUUCCAGCGAGGACGAACGCUUGCCUCCGAUCGGCCUGCUGACAUCAGACGGGAGGAGCCAGUGGGCUGAGGCCAGGACAGUCCUCAUGAAAGACUCCACCAACCGGGACUCGCUGGACAUGAUCGAGCGCUGCGUCUGCCUGGUGUGCCUGGACGCCCCUGGGGGCUGCGAGCCCAGUGACACCAACAGGGCGCUCCAGCUCCUUCACGGUGGAGGCUGCGGCAAGAAUGGGGCCAACCGCUGGUACGACAAGUCCCUGCAGUUUGUGGUGGGCCGGGAUGGCACCUGCGGCGUGGUGUGCGAGCACUCCCCGUUCGACGGGAUCGUCCUGGUGCAGUGCGUGGAGCAUCUGCUCAAGCACAUGACGAGCAGCAGCAAGAAGCUGGUCCGCGCCGACUCGGUCAGUGAGCUGCCGGCCCCGCGGAGGCUGAGGUGGAAGUGCUCCCCCGUAAUUCAAGGCUUCUUAGCCUCCUCAGCAGAGAAACUCCAACGAAUAGUAAAGAAUCUCGACUUCAUUGUUUAUAAGUUUGACACCUAUGGAAAAACGUUCAUUAAGAAGCAGAAAUGCAGCCCUGACGCCUUUAUUCAGGUGGCCCUCCAACUGGCCUUCUACAGGCUCCAUCGCAGACUCGCGCCCACCUACGAGAGCGCAUCCAUUCGCCGAUUCCAGGAGGGACGGGUGGACAACAUCCGAUCGGCCACUCCAGAGGCACUGAGUUUUGUGAGAGCCAUCACUGACCACAAGGCCACCGUGCCGGAUUCGGAGAAGCUGCUGCUCCUGAGGGAUGCCAUCCGCGCCCAGACCGAGUACACAGUCAUGGCCAUAACUGGGAUGGCGAUCGACAACCAUCUGCUGGGGCUGAGGGAGCUGGCCCGGGACGUGUGCAAGGAGCUGCCUGACAUGUUCACGGAUGAAACAUACUUGAUGAGCAAUCGAUUUGUCCUCUCCACCAGCCAGGUGCCCACAACCAUGGAGAUGUUUUGCUGCUACGGGCCCGUGGUGCCCAACGGGUACGGCGCCUGCUACAACCCGCAGCCCGAGAGCAUCCUGUUCUGCGUGUCUAGCUUCCACAGCUGCCAGGAGACCUCUUCGGCCAGGUUCGCGAAGGCCGUGGGGGAGAGCCUCGCCGAGAUGGCAGGCCUCUGCCGCGCGCCACAGCCCGCAGCGGGCGAGCCGCUGGCCACAGGGGAAACGGCAGCAACGCCCGGCCAGUGCCACCAACCCUGACUCCUGCCUCUACGUGCCACCUCCCCAAACCCAGC